AGGGUGAGGGAGGGUGUUUGGACCAAAACACAUAAUCUUCUCCCCCGACUGUUAAAACAAACUUGGAUGAAGAUAACUUUUAGCCCGACUGCUGCCAGCUUCUCCACCGGCCCUCGGAUCAGCCUGCUGUUAGGAGAUACAAGAGAAACUCAACCUAUGAAACACCGGAAAACAGAAAUACAAAGGAAGAAUUUUUAUUUUCAUUUUCGACGCUUCCAACAGAGACACAGCCUGAUGCUGGCGGAGGGCAAACAGACGCCGACGGCGGCUGCCGCAGCUGCGCACGUGGUGCGCGGUCCAGGUGGGGAGCAGCGGACAGAGCCGUGCCCGCGCGGCGCCCUGCUCGACCACAGCCGGCGCCACCGGACCGCGUUCACGCGCGAACAGCUGUCCCGUCUGGAGCAGGAGUAUGGCAAGGAGAGCUACGUCUCCAGGCCCCGCCGUUGCGAGCUGGCCACGGCUCUCAACUUACCGGAGACGACCAUAAAGGUGUGGUUCCAGAACAGGAGGAUGAAGGACAAACGGCAGAGACAUUCCUUGCCGUGGCCUCACCCUCUCGUAGACCCGUUAGGGGCGCUUCUGAUGGGCCACGUCUCUCCUUGCUCCACUCUGCCGUACCCGUUCAUCCCGCCCCACCUUCCACUCCACCACCACUACCCAGUGGCUCUCUCUUCGCCAGUGUCCUCGCCGCACAGCCGCUACAGUGCACCCAUGCGGACCUUGGAUGUACUUCGCCUCUCCCAUUACCACAACAGACCAGGAGGGCUGCCUCCAACAACAGAAGCCCUCUACCCCUCCACGAGCAUAUUGCACCAUCCUGCCUUGUGUCCCUGCCCCCUCUGUCUGCACUGGGGACAAGAUCAACUGUUGAAAGCCAGAGGGGAGGCCCUGGGAUUGAGCCAGGCCCGUAGUCCCAAAGCCAACAUACAGCCUGCGGGUCUGGAGCGAAGAGAAGAGAUGGUGUGAAACGAUCAAAGGAAUACAGUUAAGUUUCACUAAGAAAGACCUUGAAACUCACUCCUCCAUGGGUCUUAUAUAAAUACAUUUCCAGUCACAUGUCACUGCUGGUUAACAGGACCCAAAUGUUUACGAGGUGACACUUAAUUCUUUUAUUUUAUUAAAAUAAUUAAGAAUUCCGGUGCCCAGUCUUUAAAAAAAUCAGCCCACCCAACAGAAUUUUUGCCCAUUUCUACAAACCAAAGACCACAAAAUACUUUAAAUAGUUAUGUUUAAUAUCAUCCAAUCUUUGAAGUAUUGUGAAACGUUUAGACAACUAAUUUGUUAUGGUUUGAAAAAAUCAUCAUGGUUAUUUUUAAAGUAGUUACGCAGCAGCAGCGUCACAACUUUUGCCGUUAGCUAAAUGUUUUACCUAAUGUUACGUAACAAGCGUAGCAACAUUAUACAGUAACCAUAAAGUCAAUGUUUAGUUAUGUGCGCUGCCUGGCCAAUGAAGACUGACAUUUUAGUUUUUGCUACAAAUCCCUAACUGGUAACUCCUAGUCCUAGCAUUUAGGUUCUUAAGAUUUAAAUUUUUAGUUUCUAGGAAGAAACACUUUUUUUUAGAGAAACUAGAAUUUUAAAUGGGAUAUAUCAUGAAAAGUGUAAUGCUUGUGCAAACAUAUCCAGGUGUCUAGCAAACACACAAACUAUGAAAUUAGACAACCCAGUCAGUUUCUUUGUUGUCUAUAUCAAUAGAAAACAUGUUAUUAAACCAGCCAUUCAGAUUUGACCCUCCUUCCUAUGUCAUACAGCCCUCAUUAGAAUAUACCCCUCCAAUCUGAGUAUCUCCAUCAAUGGCUGAACAACUUUUGCAAAGCUGUGCCCUUUAGAGUCAAACUUUUUGCUGCCAUUGUUUGACUCAUAACUUGUAAUUGCAUUUCCAUACCAACAUGUGGGGGUCAGCUCUUUAAAAUGCAUUCUUGCACUUUAAUGUAAACCAAACCUCAUCCAAACCCUCAGAUUUGUCACUUUUUAAUGCAGGCGUUGAUUUCUGAAGAUAAACAAUUGACGGCCAUGUGUGGCAUGUGGCAGCGUGUUCGAUGUGAUUCAAAUUCUAUUUAGGUGAAGACAAGAGACGAUGAAGUAGAAAUUCACAAACACAUCUUGAAGUCAGUGUCUGUUAAAGCACAAUUGCACCAAGUAAAGACUUAAAUGUACUGUACAUAUUAUACCUUAUAUAAUUCGUAAUGAAUACAUAUUCCAUGUUUUCUCUGCUGUAACACCAAUGACUACUGCUUUUAUGUAUUUACACAACUGAAAAUCUAUAAGGAGUGUUAACUAACAUGUGGAUACUUUGUAGCAACGACUGAAGAGUAGAGAGAGUGCUCAAUUCGCAUAAAACUAAAGGCAGAAUUGAUGUCAGAUUUCCCUUGGGUGAUCACGACAAAAGGCAUUUAUUGACAGGACUCUAAAUAUAUUAUCAUGCAAUCCUGUGGAAACGUAUAACUGCAGCUGCUUGGAGGUACUGUAAACUAUCGUUCUGAGAGUGAAAUGAGAAGUUGGAUAUAAAACAGCAUGAUAGAGGCUGAAGUUGUUGAAAUGAAUGAAAAUGAAUCAUACAAAUGAUAUGUGCACUCAAGAUGUGUGAACGUAUUUGUAGUUAGAUAUUCAACAUUGUUUACACCAUUUCUUUGCAUGUAUAAUGAUUGCAGGGUGAUACUUUUGGUCCCAACCCUAAUCUGAAAAAUGAUGUGCAAUGUUUUGGAGUUCAUUAUUUGGAGUUCAUUUUUUUCCAGAACGGCAACCCUCUCUUUGACAUUGUGGACAUAUAUUAAGAUUAAUAUUAUUAAACUUUGAUAUAAACACACAACUUCUACUUUUUGUAUGUUGGGUUUCACAACAAAGACAACCCAAAAUAGACAAAACAUUUUGUUAAAAGGUCCCAUAUCUUUCCAUGAAGAAUAUUACCAGGCAUUCACUUCCUCUAUUGUCUAAUGUUGUUUUUAGUGUCUUGUCUGUUUCCAUUCAAUUGUAUGUAUGGAAACAUCAAGUUAUAGAUGCUGAAUUAAACAUAACUUGAAUUGUCACUUUUUUACAAACAAAUCGGCCUUGCACACAGUCAAAUAAAAGAUUC